UUUGUGAUAUCCUCAAAAUCAAAAUCAAACUGUUAUUACCUACCAUGGCAAAUUAUGAAGAAACAUCCUCAAAUUUCACACACGAUGUUUUCUUGAUUUCUUCACCAAAUGGAAACAGCAAAACAUUUACCGACUACAUCUAUCAAGCCUUGCUCGACAGUAAGAUCACAACAGUCAGAUACAGUAGUGAUGAAGACAUAACAACAACAAUGGAGAAAUGCAGAAUUUCAAUGGUUGUGUUGUGUGAAAACUACGCAUAUUCCACAAAGUGUCUCGAUGAACUCGUCAAGAUCAUUGACUCUUAUGAUACCAAACGUAAAGAGGUUUGUGUCAUUUUUUAUAAAGUUGAACCAUCGGAUGUAUGGUUUCAGAAAAAUUGCUAUGAAAGGAGUUUGAUUGAGCAUGAGAAAAGUUUGGGACGAGAUUCUGAGACUGUAAAAGGAUGGAGGAUGGCUUUGAGUAGAAUCUGUGAUCUUGGUGGUCAACAUUGCAAGGAAGACAAAUAUGAAUCUGGCUACCUCAGAAAGAUUGUUAAAGACACCUCUGCUAAAUUACCUCCUCCUGUACCUUCUGAAAUUAAGCACCCAAUUGGACUUGAUUCACGUUUUGAACAGUUGAAAUCACUUAUAGAUAUUGAACCUAAUAAUCCCGUUUGUAUGUUGGGAAUUUACGGAGAAGCUGGAAUAGGCAAAACCACAUUGGCCUCUUACUUGUACAACAAAAUCAGACAUCAAUUUGAAGUUGCUAGUUUUCUUACUAACAUAAGAGAAAAAUCCAACAACAAUAACAUCAUUGAUCUAAAAGAUCUCCAAAGGACACUUUUGUAUGAGACUGUUAAGGAGACGCAGACUGUGGUGGAAACUACAUUUGAGGGACACUCUCAAAUUAAAGACAAACUUAGACAUAAAAGAGUUCUUCUGAUUCUCGACGAUGUCAAUUCGAUAGAACAGCUGAAAGCACUAGCUGGUGGAUGUGACUGGUUUGGUUCUGGUAGCAGAAUUAUAACAACAAGGGUUGAGAUUGAAACUGAGCUAGAUAAGCACCAUGCUAUAGUAUUAGGAAAUAUAAAAUGA